UCACCUUCAAUGCAACACAAUAUUCCAUGUUCUUUCUUGCAUCGGCAGCUGUUAGAAGGAAAGCGGAGCACGGUGUCCAAAUGCAACAGCGAAGCAACUUCGAGCAUCGCCAUUUUUAGUAUCCGUAGCACGUGAAGAUAUCACCCGUGCGAACAAGGUGUUUUGUCUUUGGAACAACGUGGCCGCAAUCGUCAGGAACAUUACUUCGCUACUUCUCUUUCGCUACCAAUCGCUCACACCAGAGAACGAAAAUUUCAAAUGACUGCUGAUCCUGAUAAAGAUUGCACACAAUGUUUAGUGUGCUGUAGCAAAGUUGGAAUAUCAACUCGAAAUAGCAUAUGCAUCUUUAAGGACAAUGAUGUCACUACUAUUACUACAUCUGAAAAACCACUUGCAGAUGUUAUAGCAGCUGUUUUAGAAGUAGAUAUCAAUGAAGACUCUGUACAUUCUCGUGUCAUUUGUAAACACUGUUUCAAUUUAUUUAAUGAGGUCGAUGAACUUGAAGCUAGAUUAAUAGAAAUUAAAAUGGAAUUAUCUCAAAGCUAUACUCAGACAGUAAAACAGUUGUCUAACAUUAAGAAGAGUGAAGAAGAAUAUAAUGAUCAUGAUUAUGCAGACAAUGGAGACAGUCAACACAGUUUAUUAGAAGCUGAUAUGGAAAAUGAGAAGGAAAUUUUACUAGAAGAAAAUAUAGAAGAUGAUGUGCAAGAGAUGAUGCAAGAGGAUGAGCAAGAGAUCAUGCAAGAGGAUAUGCAAAAAGAUGUGGAAGAGGACAUAGAAAUGGAUGUAAAAAUAGAUGCACAAGAACAAGUGGAAGAAUCGCUUGCAGAAUCUGAAGUUGUGGUGGUUGAGGAGCUGAACGAUUUUGAUAACGCUGUUGAAAACAAGAACGUAAAUAGUACUGAUGAGAAAAAGAAAAAUGAAGUUAAUACAAAUAUUCAAGAUCUUAUUCUCAAAGAAGAAUUUGGAUUUACUUGCUUGUUGUGUUUAGAGAAAGGAGAAAAAGUAACAGAAGAUGAUAAAGCUAUUAUAGCACACAUGAAACUCACACACGAGCUACGUUUGUAUAUUUGUGACUUGUGCGGACAAGAUUUCAGAAAGAGAACCGAGCUUUCCAUGCAUCUUGACGAUCAUGUGUCGAAAGAAGAAGGUGACUUUCAAUGUGAAAUAUGUAAUAGAAUAUUUACCAAUUUACGAUUAUUCCGGAUUCAUAAGAGGGUACAUUAUCCGCAUCUUAAGUCAUGGACCUGCGAAACAUGCGGAAAGAAAUACAAUUCAAAAAAUUUAUUGACCGAACACAUGAACACGCAUACAGGCGCUCGCCCGUACAUAUGCCACAUCUGCAAGAAAGACUUCGCAUCGAAGUAUACCUAUCGCGCGCACAUAAAAACACACGAAGUACGACCACGUCCGUUUGAGUGCAGUCAAUGCAACAAAACGUUUUUGAGCCAACAGAAUCUAAUCCAACACGAACGAACACACAGUGGUGCAAAAGAAUAUGUAUGCACUCAUUGCGGUAAGGCCUUUGGUUCAUCUCACAAUUUGGAAGUUCAUAGCAUAGUACAUAGUGGAUAUAAACCUUAUGUAUGCAAACUGUGCAGUAAAGCAUUCGCACGUAGAGCGGAAAUACGUGAUCAUGAGCGUACUCAUACAGGUGAGAAACCUUACCAAUGUGAAUUAUGUGGAGCGACAUUUAGUCAGAGAUCGAACUUACAAUCUCACAAGCGAGCGACUCACUAUAACGACAAACGUUAUAAGUGCGAAAUAUGUGAAAAAGGUUUCAAAAGAAGAAGACUGUUAGAUUAUCAUAUAAAAGCGGCACAUACAGGUGAACGGCCGUUCAAAUGCGAUGUAUGUUCAGCUACAUUCGUUUAUCCCGAGCACUUCAAGAAGCACAGGCGUAUACAUACAGGCGAGAAACCGUAUCUAUGCGAGGUUUGUGGUAAAGCAUUUAAUAGUAGAGACAAUAGAAAUGCGCAUAGAUUUAUUCAUAGCGAUAAAAAGCCCUAUGAAUGUUUAGUGUGUGGUAUGGGCUUUAUGAGAAAACCGUUGCUUUAUGCUCAUAUGCAAAAUCAGGGACAUAUAAAUGAUACUAUAGUCGUAAAUCAACCGUCAAUUUUAACAAUGGAAGAUGAUCAAGUAAUAGCGAUUCCCGAUAAUGAUGGUGAAUUAUUAAUGGAAGAAACCGAAAACGAACAGUUGGAUGAUAACGGAUUGUACGUGACUGAAUUGAAAAAUCACGUUAUUAUACAACAAGAGAGAGAUCAGAUAUAUAACGGUGAAGAGAGUGUUGUAUUGAGUAUACCAGCCGAAGAAACCGUAAGAGACGAAACAGAUUCUCUCGUCGUCGAGAGCCAGAUGAAUUUCACGGGGAAUGAUACCAUAGAAUGUAAAGCUGAAAUUGUCGAUCAAGUGGAAACUGUAUACACUUAUAAUGAAACUGUAGAUGGCGAAACUGUAGUAGUGCCAACCACACAAUAUCAAAGUGGGGAUAAAAAUGUGCGACUGGUGCAAAUUCGACUUCCCGUAGAAGGAGAAAAUAAAAAUUGGUUGAGCUUGGUACAAAACACCUAAAAUAUAUGGAUACUAUGCGUAUAAUCAGACACGAAUUAUCACAAAGUAGCAGGAAAACUUUUGUAGAAAAAUAUGUCGUUCUUUUUCAGCCGCUGUCCACCGCUGCCUUUUAACAAAAGUUAAAGAAGUAAAAAAAUACAAAAGAGAAAUUGUUUUUCUCUUUUCGCGUAACGGUUUUUUUUAUUUUGACUCGUUAUUUUAUUUUAUUUUAUUUAAUAAAUAAAAUCUGCGUAACAAUAAUUUUCGGUACUAGGUAUAGAAUACAAAGAGUAUCCGAAAUGACGCAUAAAUAGCGAUAGUGGCAUUUUUGUUGUUGGUGACAUAUUUUAUUUUUCAGAAGAACAACCCUUAUUUCCAAAUCUGAAAAAAAUAGCUCGAUAAAUAGUUAGAUAAAAAGAAAUUUUUAAACAAUAAUAAAAUCAUGCCAUAAGUGGCUACGCUUUGACUAUCACAUGAACAUUACAUGCAAUAAUGAGCCAGCGUUUAACAUUUGUUCUAAAAGACGGAACUUGUCAAUGUGAUACUGCUUUCACUUUCUAUGUCUUGGAUACUUAGCAAUCGCACUUCUUAUACGUGACACUAUUCAUUUAUAAAUGUAAAUAACGCAAAAUGUUAUUCAAACGAGAUUUGCAGUGAUUUUCGAAAUAUAUGUUUUCUUAUUUCUGACGUUACAUCAUCUAAAGUGGUUGUAGCGAAUUCAGAAGCUUUAAAAUCUUGAAUUGUGACGUCAAAAGCGAGAAAAUAUACAAGUAAAAUUCUUCUAAUUUUUGCUAAAAAUAGUUUUUUUCAGGGGAAUUCUUUUAUUUUAGCAACAAUUGAACGACUUUCAAAUGUACAUUAUUGUUUUGCUUCUGACAAAUAAUACGAAACAUGUAAGGCAGUA